UACGAAAAAAAGGCAGCAGCCCCAAUUCUGGAGAAAUCUCCCCGGAAUCUCCUGCUCCGGUGGCAGAGCCACCUAGACAUCUCGACCUCUUUCUCCCGGGAAACGGAUCGUUCUCCGGCGGGUCUCCGCCGGAAGGAAGAGGUAGCGGAGGGCUCUUCUAUUUGUCCUCUCUGCUCUUGCUAGCCGUGGUCUUUCUAGUGGUUGAUGGGUUUUUCUCUCUACCCGAUGAAAACUUCGACGCGCCUUCUGUGGAGUACCAGCUUCUUCCGUCAUAAGGUCAUCUCCGUCACCGACUUCUUCUCCUUCUAAACCGAUCUAGGGAUCCACCUUCGAUCCGUUGCCCAUAGAUCGAGAACCGAGGGAUAAGCGUUGACCGUUGUAGAAGUUAUCGGCGAGGACAUAGGGAGGAGGGAUACGCACUUGGUAACAUAAUCGGUCGCUCGAUCUCUUCCGAUUCGAGUUAGGAAGAUGAGUUCCCGCAAUCUGAUCUUCGAUUCGUCUUCUUCCUCCUCCUCCCGCAGCAGCUUGAUCCUCUUGGGAAGCUCUACCUCGGUCUUCUCAGGGGUGAAGUCGAUGGUGAUGGGCGCGGCGGAGGACGGAAUGGCGAGCGAGCGUCGGCCGUUUUUCUCGUCGCCGGAUGAGAACUACAAGGAUUUUUACGAGGAGCUGCUGCCGGAGAAGAAGCGCCAUCUCACAUCGGAGCAGAUACGCAUGUUGGAGCGGAGCUUCAAGGAGGAGAACAAGCUGGAGCCAGAGCGCAAGAGCAAGCUUGCUAAGCAACUAGGGCUGCAACCGAGACAGGUGGCUGUGUGGUUCCAGAAUCGCCGUGCCCGAUGGAAGAACAAGCAGGUGGAGCAUGACUACGAUCGUCUGAAGGCCUCUUAUGACUCGCUCAUCCUCAGCCACAAUGCCGCUCGCAAGGACAACGAUCACUUGCGUUGGCAGGUGAACUUUCUGCUGGAAAAGUUGCAAGAAAAUGAUCAACAGGGGACAUCUGGAGUCCCUGUGCCGUCGCUGGAUGAUCAGGCGGCAUUGAGCACGAACCCAAUGGCCCUGAACAUCCAGCAGAAGGUGGACGACCUCCUGAGCACUGGCAGUGGCAUAGGUACGGCGACUGCUGUCGGAGUAGAACCUCAUCUCCUGGUGGAGGAGCCCUUCCUCUCAGCGAGCUGCCACAAGGUGACACUACUGUCAGGCGCUGGCAUCCACUCCGAGGACGACAUUAGCGCCUGCAACUACCAUCAUCAGCAGCAAGAAAUGCAGCUGGAUGAAUGGUUGGAUUAUGUGCAAAGCAUUUUCCUCCACUGAAGAACAACAAUUAUGCUGCUCAAUGAAGUUCAAUGUAGAUUAGUCGAUCGAGUUGUAAGACGUGUGUUAUGUCAAUAUAUAGUUGCAAUACAAUAGAAUGCGUGGGGAUCAUCAUGGUUUGGCUCUUUGUCAUUUAAUGGAGAUUAAGAUGUGGAUGUUGAGGCUUGCGUGCACUGCGCAAGAUUAUGGUUACUAGUGUGAUAGUCCUGGUAAUCUAAUGCGACAAUAUUGAUGCAUAAUUGAAGAACAAAGCUGCACAACUUGAUCGA